AAGUACAUCACCUAAACAAUUAUUUUUCCAUAUUAAAGUAAUAGAUUAUUUGAAAUAUAUUCAUAAGAAAAAAUAAACAAUGAAGUAAUUUAAUUAAAAAUGUGUGAUAAAACAAAAAUCCUCAUGUAUUUUAAUUAAUAUUACAAAUUUAGAUGACAUAACCUUAAUUUAACGAAAAAUUAAAGUGUAACAUAAAAAAACAAAUAAUUAUUAUUAACUUCUAUCGCCAUUUUAGAUUGAAAUUGAAAAAAAAAUGUCUAAAAAUAAUAAAUCAAUUUAUAAAUUUAAACCAUUUAUUUUUACACAAAACGAUCCAGCAUCAAAAGAAAAACCACGAGCUAGAAGUGGACAUCGGAUUGUUUGUGAUGAAAAAUAUCUUUAUUCAUAUGGUGGAUAUAAUCCAUGUAUUCGUGAUGAUGAUUCAGAAUUAUCAAAUGACGAAAUAUGGCGGGAAAGUAAACCAUUAUUCAAAGAAUUAUGGCGUUUUAAUUUGACAACACGUAGAUGGAAAUUAUUACCUGGACGUAAAAGUUUGCCGAAAGAAUUGGCAUCGACAGCUGUCAUACUGAGGUCAAAUAAAUUAAUUAUUUACGGUGGAACUGCUGAACCAUUUGGAGAGAGUUGCAAUAAUCGUUUGUACGUAUGCGAUUUAAAUGAUGGUAGUAUUAUUGAGCCAAGUGUCACAGGGAUACUACCAGAUCCACAGUAUGGCCAGGCAUUGAUUUGUCAUGAUUCAUAUUUAUAUACAAUUGGCGGUACAACUGGUUAUGAUUACACUUGUGAUAUACAUAGAAUUGAUUUAAGAACAGGUGUAUGGGAAAGUGUAUAUAUUUGUACUGGUAGAGAACCUACUGAACCUGGUGGACGUUAUCGCCAUGAAUUAGCGUAUGAUGGAAAAUUAAUUUAUGUACUUGGAGGUGGAACAUCAUCUGAAUGUUUUGGAUUUGACGUAAUUCCGGCAUUUGAUUUAGAAAAAAAUCGUUGGAAAAGAGUACAAACUUAUGGUGAUAUACAUCAUCGUCAUUAUAUGCCAAGUCCGAGACGUUGUCAUGGAUGUGUACAAUACGUAGAUCCAGAAACGGGUGCUAUUAAUGUUGUUAUUUCUGGAGGUUAUACUGGACCUCAAGUGUUCAAUGAUGUUUGGAGACUUAAUUUAAGAAAAUCACAAUGGACUUGUUUGAAUAAAUUUGGUACGGAAAUACCUCGACCAGUUUACUUUCAUUCAGCAGCUCUUACUCCUGCCGGACAAAUGUAUAUUUUUGGAGGAAUUGUUCAAAAUGGAUCACGGGGAUCUAGAACUCAACAUGUUCGUUCAGUUUGGCUUGUUAUUCCUAAACUCACUGAAAUAUGCUGGGAAGCUGUUAAUUAUUAUUUCAAAAAUUUAAGGAAUAAAUCCAAAGAUGAAUUAACGAAUCUCGGUAUUCCUUCAAAAUUUAUACAGCGUCUUGAUAUCACGAAUUGAGUACAAUUGUUUUCCUUUUUUUUUUUUUUUAAUUAUUAUUAUUAUUUAAAAAACAAAAAUAUUAAGUAUGCAUUAUUCAUUCUGUUUAUUAAAAUAUUAUUUUCUUAAAUUAUUGACUUACUAUAUAAUCAAUAUUUUCAUUAACUGUAUUUUUUUCUUUAUCAUACUUUGUAAAUUCAUUUCGUAUUAAUCAUGGUUUCGUCAUAGAGCUCUUAUCUAGGGCUACCGUAAAUUUUAUCGUCGCUUCGAACUGAUGUAAAGAAGAAAAAAUUAUGAUAUAUAAAAUUAUAAAAGGCUUAAUAAUAAAAAGUCAUAUUUUCGCAGACCAGAUAUUAUUACGCUAGACAGUUAACUUAUUAAUUUUUUUGUUUCACGAGUCAGGUAUAUUUCUUUCUUUUUUGAUAUCUUUAAUAAAAUUUGUAAAUAUUAGUAUAAUAUGAAGAUCUUACUUUUGUAAGUAAUUAAAUAAUUGUUUAAAUUAAUUUAUCACUUGUAAUAUUUAAAGCAUCACAAUUUAAUUAAUAAAACUCAUUUCAUUAA